CAUCACUGUCCGAGUUGUUUGGCCCUGAGCUUAUCCGAAGAUGUUUAGAACGCGGCUCAGCGUUACCGGAGAACGUCCCGUAGCAGUCACAGCCAUUUCACAUCAAACGUUUUCCCCCUCACUUGUGCUAUCUCAUCCACUCUAACACCCUCGUGAAGUGUAGCGUAUACACAUCAGUGACCCCAUAGCGCAGGUACAACUCAGCAUGGCACCGAGUACCUCCACAUCGAUGCUAGCUCAAACCCCAGAGCUGAUCAACAAGCUCUCCACAGCAAUUGCCAGUCUGCACACCUCACCAACGCCAACAGACGUACUCCCAUCUCAAAAUGUCUUGUCAGAAGCACAUGCAACUCUCAAGAGUGACCUUCUAGAACAAGGAGCUGGCCUUGAAGAUACCAUCCGUCACCUGACUCAGGACCUGGGACCAGCACUCAACGCCUCCUCGCGCUCAGCAACCUACUACGGCUUCGUCACAGGCGGCUCGACACCCGCAGCUUCUCUUGCCGACAACCUCGUGACCCACUACGAUCAAAAUGUCCAAGUCCACCUGCCCAACGAGACCCUUGCUACGGGAAUUGAAGACCGCGCCCUCACCCUCCUCUGCUCGCUCCUCGACUUCAACCCUUCGCAAUGGCCGCAUCGCACAUUCACCACCGGUGCCACAGCAUCUAACAUUCUUGGCCUAGCUUGUGGUCGCGAGUACAUCAUCGCCGAGGCCAGCGCGCACCGCACGGAUGCCGAAGUCAGCGUUGGUGAACAUGGGAUUGUGGAAGCCAUGCGCCUCGCCGGUAUUGACAAUAUUCAAAUCCUAACCACCGUUCCGCACUCCUCCCUCAGCAAAGCUGCAUCGAUCCUCGGUCUGGGCCGAAGCUGUGUUAAGACGAUCGGUCGCGCAGACGCACCGCACAAAUUCGACAUGGAUCAGCUGCAGAAACAUCUUGCUCAGCCCGGCGCAGCAAGCAUCGUAGCCAUCUCCGCAUCCGAAGUAAACACCGGUCUCUUCGCCACCUCCUCGCUCCAGGAAAUGCAGUCCAUCCGGCAACUGUGCGACAUGUACGGCGCCUGGAUCCACGUCGACGGCGCCUUCGGUAUUCUAGCUCGCCUCCUCCCCUCCUCUCAACAAUACCAAGCUAUCAAAGACUGCACAGCGGGUCUCGAACUCGCCGACAGCAUUACCGGCGACGGACACAAACUACUCAACGUGCCGUACGACUGUGGCUUCUUCCUCUCCCGCCACCGCGCGCUGGCCGAGAGGGUCUUUGCGAACCCGAAUGCAGCGUACCUCGCGGCUGGGAGUGGGGGGGACGGUAUCAUGAGCCCCUUGAAUAUCGGGUUAGAAAACUCGAGGCGCUUCCGUGCAUUACCGGUGUAUGCUAGUCUUGUCGCGUACGGGAAAGCUGGGUAUAGAGAUAUGCUAGAGAGGCAGAUUGCGCUUUCCCGCGGUAUUGCCAAGUACAUCCACGAAAGCGAAGACUUUGAGCUUCUGCCCGAAGUCGAGGGUGAGGUGGCGGAGGCUUUGAGCAGUGUUUAUAUCAUUGUGUUGUUCAGGGCGAAAGAUGAGAAGUUGAACGGACAGCUGGUCGCUAAGAUCAAGGCGAGUAGAAGAAUAUAUGUGAGUGGGACGAGUUGGGAGGGCCGGCCGGCAUGUCGAUUCGCGGUGUCGAACUGGAUGGUGGACGUGGGAAGGGAUUUACCGGUUAUUAAGCAGGUGUUGCAGGACAUUGUUAGAGAAUAGGC